AGGGGAAUUAAGCGUUUAUGUCCCAGAAUGCUGCGCUCUUGGCACUCGGAGGCUGGCACUGCGCCCGGUUCCCGGAGUCUGUCUCCAUUUUACAAGCUGCACAGCUCCGAGCCUGGUGACCAUGUUGCCUCUUCUUUCUCAGCGUUUGCCCCUGUUGGCCAGGAUGAGGCUCCUGGGAGUUGCCAGCGUCCGAGCUGCUCAUGGCCACGAGGCACAGGUGUCUCACCACCCGGACGGCUCGGAGUUGCUGUAUUAUGAUCACCGCGCGUUCCCCCUGCCGGACAUUCCCUAUCAGAAAGAUCUCAGCUCCCAGCAGACAGCGCUAAAGGAGAAAGAGAAGGGGCCCUGGAAGCAGCUGAGCCAGGAAGACAAAGUCUCCCUCUACCGCAUCCAGUUUAACCAGACGUACGCGGAGAUGACUCGACCAUCCAACGAGUGGAAGACCGUGUUUGGAACUAUCUUUAUCUUAUUUGGGUUAACUGGUCUAAUUGUGUGGUGGCAGAGAGUGUACGUGUACCCUCCCAAGCCGCACACUCUGUCGGAGGAGUGGAAAGCCAUGCAGGUCCAGAGGAUGCUAGACAUGCGUGUUGGCCCAAUCCAGGGCUUCUCCUCUAAGUGGGACUACGAGAAGAACGAAUGGAAGAAGUGAGCUGGACAGCUACUGUGUGCCUGGAGUGGUGCCACCAGUUAUAUCAUCCACCCUUCCCUCUAUCCAGGGCCAUGAGCUACACUGUCUGCUCUUCACCAGUACCAGGUUUUCUAGGGUCGCAGCUAACUAGAACCCCGUGAUCCUCAGCAAAGGCUCAGGGGAGUUGUAGUCCUGGCUCGCACUACCUAGAUUACUCUAUAAUAUUUAGCUCAGCAGCCUUCCGUCCGCCUGUUGCAGCCUCACCUCCCUUCUCACAGCAAACUACAUAUCGGUGCAUUCACUAGUGUCCCCGUAGUUUGCCACAUCUCGUGUUUCCCCCGACUGUCUAGUGGCUUCUCUGUUCAUAUGAUGGUUUAAUAAAACUGCCCUAAGA